ACACACUGCAAGAUAACUGCCACCCGCACCGCAGCCGAGGAGCGUCGGAGGAGAGAUUCAGUCGAGUAAGAGAGAGGCUGCGUGUGACAAAUCAUCCACAUCUGCGAAUCGGCCACCCGUCAUCUGAACGCGACAACUCUUCUCACACCAUGGACCAGAAACAAACCAUCUACUUCGGCGCCGGACCCGCUAAAAUCGCCCAAUCCGUGCUGCUUCAGGCACAGCAGGAGCUCCUGAACUACAGCGGCACCGGCAUCAGUGUUCUCGAGAUGAGUCACCGAUCAGCAGACUUCAACAAAAUCCUGAACAAAUCGGAGAGUCUCCUGCGGGAGUUGUGGAAUAUCCCAGACAACUACAAAGUGAUGUUUCUGCAGGGCGGCGGGUCCGGACAGUUCAGCGGCGUUCCCCUCAACCUGAUCGGCCUCAAAGAGGACAAGUGCGCCGAUUACCUGGUGACCGGCACGUGGUCAUCAAAAGCCGCAAAGGAGGCGGAGAAGUACGGCAAAGUUAACAUCGUCCACCCGAAACUGGACGCUUACACGAAAAUUCCCGACCCCAGCAGCUGGACCCUGAACCCCUCAGCCUCCUAUGUGUACUACUGCGCCAACGAGACAGUCAACGGCGUUGAAUACAACUUCACGCCUGAAACAAAUGGGACGAUCCUCGUAUGCGACAUGUCCUCCAACUUCAUGUCUCGGCCUGUGGACGUGUCAAAGUUUGGGGUGAUCUUUGGCGGGGCCCAGAAGAAUAUCGGCUGCGCAGGAGUAACUGUGGUCAUCGUGCGAGAGGACUUGUUAGGCCACGCUCUGAAAGAGUGUCCAAUCGUCCUGGACUACAAGGUGCAGGCUGAGAUGAACUCGCUCUACAACACGCCGCCGUGCUUCAGCAUCUACAUCAUGGGUCUGGUGCUGGAGUGGACUAAAAACAACGGCGGCUGCGCUGCCAUGGAGGCGCUCAGCAAGCAGAAGUCCUCGAUGAUUUAUGACGUCAUCAACGCUUCCGGCGACUUCUAUGUGUGUCCUGUAGAUACGGCUUGCCGGAGCCGCAUGAACGUAACCUUUCGCGUGGGGAAGAAAGAGGGUGACGAGGCCCUGGAGAAGAAGUUUGUGGAAGGCGCGUCCAAACGUGGAAUGAUGGCGCUAAAAGGACACAGGUCAGUUGGAGGAAUUCGCGUCUCUCUGUACAACUCUAUAACCGUGGAGGAGACCGAAGCCCUCGCUGCCUUUAUGAAAGAGUUCCAGAAAGAGCACCAAUAAAACGGGCUGUGCUUAAAGUCGGCUGAUGCCACGUAAUGGCCUUUUUCAGACUACACUAAUCUUGUUUACCUCUGCUCGAGAGCCAUGUUGGGUCUGGGGUUGCACCUUUUUAGAUGUUUUGUAACAUUCAUUGUUCCUGAUGAGCUUUAACCACUAAUAUUGGCAGUAGGGUCAUAAUAACAUCUGUUUUCAAAGAAUUACUAUUUUUAAUGAAUGUGUCAACUAUCAGUGCUCUGAUGUACAUACUGUUCCAUACUAUUUACAUUCCAGUAAAUGUACCUCGGCAGGACCUUGA